UUGUCUAAACUCGAAACCGCGGUUUCCUCGCGGUCGAGCGAUGGCGCGGAGAUGCCGCCUAUGCACGGGCGUAUCCACGAGGCCGUGUUCGCGCGAGAAGGAGAUCGGACGGAGCGAAACAGUCAACGAGAAAUCGACGUAACGAGAGCAAGAGAAAGGAAUCGACCAUAAAACCUAGACGAGGAAGAAUCGAAGAAAGGAAAGAGAGGAACGACGUAAGAAGAGGCUGAAAGAUGCGACGGGGAGUACGGGGCAUCCUCGGCAAUCGAUACGUCCAUGCACACGUAUACCUGUGCAACGUUUGUAUAGAUCAGGUCGCGAAUCCGCGGCGCGGCCGCGGUAGAAACGUAGAAAGCGCGGGGCGCCGCCACUGAGAGUGUGGCCGCCGGUGGUUCGGCCCGGGCCGAGUCGAGUCGAGUGGAGUCGAGGGGAGUCGAGCGGAGUCGAGUCGAGUCGAGUCGAGUCGCAAGUCACCUCCGCUCACCUCACGGCGCGUUCGACUUCAGUUCGCGCUCGAGUCGUGCAUCACGGAACACGCGAGAGUCAGCCGGGCCGGCUGCCGCGACCGAGUUGGACGCACGCGCCCGACCACCUAUCGACAGAGAUCAACGAUAGACAAGCCUGCACGUUUCGACCUGAAUCACGUAGAGGCUAUGGAUUUCGAUUGACGUGAAAUUGAAACGGUUAGAUAAAAAAAAAAUCAUAAUUAGAUCGGUAAAACAUAUACAGAACUGUAUCAAGCGUAUGAUAUAUGAAAUUGCUUGUUUAAUUUUGUCGAGGAUAACGAUUUCCUUGAAAUUAGAAGCGCGAAUAGUGGCGUGAAUCUCGUGACAACCGGUUAAAUCAACGUGCAACGCGGUCAAAAAUUACCGACGCUGUUAUAUUAUGUCACACUCCCACACGAGCGACGGCCGCCGCUACCGGCGCGACGGUGUGCCGAGCUAACGUUGCGUCGUUUGACAUUUCCACGAGCGUGGAGCGGUUAAAACGCGAACCCAGUGUUCGUGUCUUAGAUCGUGCUGCUGUUCGUGCACGCAUCGAAUCAGUGUUAUGCUACGUUACGAUCACCUCGUCAUACUCAUCGUUGUCAACGUGUGACGAACCUCGUGGUACUGUACUCGUGCAAUCUAACGAGAGUCCUUAUUCUUCAGUGACUUAUCUAGUGCUGCACAAUUAGAAGUGUUUUCCAAUCGCGUUGUACGUAAAUGCGUACAAACGCGUGACAUGUCAAGAAUAUCCACCGAUCGUAUCGUGAAAUCGUGAAAGAAAUCGUCGAGACGAUAUUUCGGAUGAAAGACUUUCCUAAUAUUUUUCCCUUCAAAUCAAGAUAGUGAUAUUUCUCGAGCAGCCUGCGAGAGAUCAGAAGGUUCGACGUAAAUCGAAAGGAAAUUGUGCAUCCAAAGAAUAUCGAGAAAGGUUAGAAGGAUUCUACGCUAGAGGAGAAGAAUCGUCGACUUCGUUUUCUCGAUGAUCGACAUCAAUUCGAGUGCAAUAAUCGAAGCUUCGAGAUGAAAAAUGGACGACAGUCGCGCAAGUGUGUUUCGUUUACGUUUCUUCAAUUCGUUCGUGGUCGAUGAAACGAGUAAGUGAAUCGGAUAUAUUCGGUUAUUAAAGAAACGGAGGACCAAUAAGAGAACAGUGUCAUAACGCGUGUGAAAUGGAUGGUACGCCAAAGAAAAUCGAAGCAGUGUUAAUAUAUGGAUGCCCAUGGGUGGAAUUUGGCCGAAAUGUGCCAGCGUUACCAUCACGCUGUACCGGCAGCUCAAAAUUCUUCGCCAGCUAGGGAUCCCUCAGCUGCCAUUGUGCAAGGCUUGUCAACGGCUACGCACAUCGAUCAGGCUAGCCCUUCUUAUUCCCAUUACACGAUGCUGGAUAAUUAUGACAGGGGUGAGGUGACACCACCGCCAGUGAGCAGUUAUGGCGGUUCCCCUGGACUCUUGGCACUUCAUUCCUCGCUUUAUGCGACACCUACGUCGAGGGCCUACGAUAUCGAGUCGAACAUCGAUGGCAACGACAGUUCCAUGCCCAUCGAUACCCAAAUCAUCUCGAUACCGGGAAUGUUGAGCGGCCCAGCGCAGCAGCGGUUGGAGGACAUGUCCUGGCUCGCCUCCGGCCCGUCGUUGGAGUAUCAGCAAGGCAUCUCGCCGAUUCCCGCGGGAGUGAAGAUGUGCCAUCCAGGCAGCACGGCCCAGAGGAGCCUGAAGGAGCAGCGGAUACGUCGCCCGAUGAACGCGUUCAUGGUCUGGGCAAAGGUCGAGCGCAAAAAAUUGGCCGACGAGAAUCCUGAUCUCCACAACGCCGAUCUCAGUAAGAUGCUCGGAAAGAAAUGGCGAGGGUUGACCCCGCAGGACAGAAGGCCGUACGUCGAGGAAGCCGAGAGGCUGAGGGUCAUACACAUGCAGGAACAUCCGAACUACAAGUACAGGCCACGGCGCAGAAAACACGCGAAACGGGCCCCAGGAGCGCCCUCUUCUCCUCCAUCGGCGACCAAUACCACGACCAAUAGGUCCAACCCCUCUGGCACCACGAUUCAUCAUUCCAUGUCUAAGAUGGACAGUUAUCAAGGCAUUCCUCAGAUCCCGUGGGGCGGCCAUUCCCCGAUCUCAUCCCUGUAUCACCAGCAGCAACAGCAAGGUAUCCAGGAGUACAAAUCGGAGAGCAAUUCCUUGUACGGUAGUCCUUAUACGCCUAUCAUUCACUCACCGGACAUAUCUCCAGUUGCCAGUCCCGAGCCAGAUGGUGACGGAACGCAUUUGCCAUCAAACCAAAAUCCAGAUCCUGAACGAGAUCUGAUGGAGGGUUCGUCGAAGCAGCAUAGCGAAAUAAGCGAGCAAACGAAACGGUACACUUUCAUGAGUACCGAUAAUCAGUUGCACACGGGUCAUGCUGGUGGUACUAGCAUAUCGUCGUGUCAGAAUUCUGGUGCUUACACAGACACUCUGACUUACAAAAAAUCAGUGAGUUACUUAAAUUUCGAGAGACAGCCGUCGAGCAUAGCCGCGGUCGGUAUAGCGAAUGGGAUGAUGGUGUCGUGUAAUAAAUUACGCUCCGGAUUUGAGAAUGUUGGCUCUGUGACGGGGACUUUUUAUCCGCCGGUCGCAUCCCCGCACGAUCAAUCGUUGCAGCACUAUACGAGCACCCAAUCCUCAAAGACUGCCAACUAUUCGAUGCAGUCCUCCGUCGAAAGCAACUAUAAUCCUGUUCAGUGUGCCAAUCGACAACAGUCUAUGGGGAUACGCGGAGCCGCCGAAGGUUGUUCCGGUGUAUCCCACCGAUACCAAAUGACUCAUCAUCAGGAAUAUCAAACGGAGGGGACCAGCGCCGGUCAACAGCAUCCAAUUCUGGGUCAUAUGGAGGCCGCGAUGGGCACAACAGCGGAGGAUGAACAGCAACAGACUUUGCAAUUGGAGAAGUACUUCAAGUAUUCCCAUCCUACAAGCGUAGCACACACCAGCCUCACCUCGCAGAAUCUACUCGACAGCAAUCACAAUUACGCCAGUGAUCUGCGUUACUAUACACCUCAACAGACUCAGCUAGACAUGUCGAACUCUCAGUGCAUCUCAGUUGAUGAUCAGGCAAAGGAUGCUCGUUGUUCAAACGUGGGUAUUGCUCACGGGAUGGAACAGUAUCAUCAGGCUAUGGACGUGGCAAAAUAUCCGGAGCAUCAGCAACAGCAGCAGCAGCAGCAGCAACAGCAACAGCCUCAGCAGGCUCAACAGGCUCAACAGCCGCAGAAUAUCGAGCAUGUAUCCAAGGCGGAUGAUGAUUUCAGUGUAAUACUUGCAGAUGUGCGCAAAACUUGUUACAGUAGCUAGUGUUUCGGAUAAAUGGGAGAUGUCUAGAAAAACACUGAGAUAUAUUUGAUAUUCGCCGUUCUAGUUUUGAUUUUACGAAGACCUUGAUGUUGAUUAUAGGUCUGAUCGAUGUGGAAGAUGGUCGUGCGGUUAUUGUCAUAGUAGAUGUCGCAAAUAUUGGUUACUUGAAGUUGGGGAAGGAUGAACCUUACUGUGUUGCAGCAGGAAGGAAGAAAUAAGUGGUAAUGUUUAUCACACAGCGAUAAUUGAAUUUUUUGUUAGUUUUUUUUUCUUUUGAUUAAUAAAUAAUGCUAUAAA